CCAAUCCUUUUAAUUUCUUCCUCAUUCCCCUUCUUAUUUAGUAACUUAUUUUCUACGUUACACAUUCCCUCUCUCUCUCUCUCUCUCUCUCUCUAAUAUACUCCCUAGCUCAAAACACACAGGUACUUUUAGAUGAACAGUCUCAAGCUAGGUAUUGAAGUUAUUGGUGCUCAUGACCUUGUGGCCAAAGAUGGACAAGGAUCAUCUACUACUUUUGUAGAACUUGAAUUUGAUGAUCAGAAAUUUCGUACAACAACUAAAGAUAAAGAUCUUAGUCCAAUUUGGAAUGAGAUUUUUUACUUCAACAUUACUGAUCCAAGCAAGUUACCAAACCUCAAUCUUGAUGCUUGUAUUUACCACUAUAACAACAAAAGCAAUGCCUCCAAAAUCCCUCUUGGUAAGGUUAGGCUUACCGGAACCUCAUUUGUUCCGUAUUCUGACGCUGUUGUAUUACACUAUCCUCUUGAAAAGAAAGGCAUUUUUUCGCGCACGAAAGGUGAACUUGGUUUGAAGGUAUUCAUUAUAGAUGACCCUUCUUUAAGAGCCUCAAAUCCUCUACCUGCUAUGCAAGAACCCUUUGUCAACAAUGUAAUCAAUAGUACAGAUGAAAGUCUUGCACAAGAUCAAAUACCGGCGUCAUUUACAAAUCAAAUCCUCAACAAUGUGUUUAAAAAGAAAAAUGAGUCAGUGCACACAUUUCACAACCUUCCUAAAUCAAAUGAUGGAAAGGAAAAGAAAUCAAAUGUAACAUUUGGGAUGCAUGAGAUGAAAUCUGGACAGUCUGCUCCAAAAGUUGUUAAAGCGUUUGCAGGAGGCGCAGCAGCGUCUGCAAUGGACUACGGAGUAAAAGAGACAAGUCCUUCUCUUGGAGGUGGAAAAGUUGUUGGUGGAAGAAUUCUUCGCGGGAGCAAUAAACCGCCUAGCAGCACUUAUGACCUUGUAGAACCAAUGGAGUACCUUUUCGUACGAGUUGUGAAAGCUCGUGACCUUCCAAGGAUGGAUUUGACCGGUAGCCUUGAUCCCUAUGUGGUGGUAAGGCUUGGAAACUUCAAAGGAACUACCAAACACUUUGAGAAAAACCAAAGCCCUGAAUGGAACCAGGUAUUUGCAUUUGCCAAGGACAAUCAACAAGCAACUACUCUUGAAGUUGUUGUCAAAGACAAGGACACAAUACUUGAUGAUCUUGUUGGAACUGUGAGGUUUGAUCUGUAUGAUGUUCCCAGGCGCGUUCCGCCUGAUAGCCCUUUGGCUCCUCAGUGGUACAGAAUUGUGAACAAAAAAGGCGAAAUGAUGAAUACUGGAGAGAUAAUGCUUGCUGUCUGGAAAGGCACACAAGCUGACGAGGCUUUUUCAGAUGCUUGGCAUUCUGAUUCAAUGUCCCCUACUGGAAGCUUUCCAGCUAACUAUACUCAGAUUCGGUCCAAAGUGUACACUUCGCCGAGAUUAUGGUACCUACGCGUGAAAGUGAUUGAGGCGCAAGACUUGGUUUCACCAGACGACAAGUCUAGAGCUCCGGAUGCUUAUGUUAAGUUGCAACAUGGUAACCAGAUUUUCAAGACAAAACCAGUUCAAUCAAGGGUCAAUAACCCGCGGUGGGAUCAAGGUACGCUGUUUGUUGCUGCUGAACCUUUUGAAGAACCUUUGAUCAUUACAGUUGAAGACAAGAAUGAGACUAUUGGCAAUGUUAUUAUUCCUUUGAACACAGUUGACAAGCGCGCUGACGAUCGAACUAUCCGUACCCGGUGGUAUCCACUUUUAAAGUCCAUGUCAUCAGCAAUGGAAGAUGGAGAAAAGAAAAAGAAAGAAAAGGAUAAAGACAAGUUUGCGAGUCGAAUUCAUGUUAGUGUCUAUCUUGAUGGUGGAUACCAUGUGCUAGAUGAAUCAACUUAUUACAGUAGUGAUCUUAGGCCUACUUCAAGACAACUUUGGAAGAAGCCAAUUGGUGUAUUGGAACUUGGCAUUUUGAAUGCUGAUGUACAACCAACCAAAAGUAGAGAUGGAAGAGGGAUCUCUGAUGUAUACUGUGUGGCAAAAUAUGGUCACAAAUGGGUGCGAACUCGAACGGUCGUUGGUAAUCUAAACCCGAAAUUCAACGAGCAGUACACUUGGGAAGUUUACGAUCCAUCCACAGUUCUCACCCUUGGUGUGUUUGACAAUGGACAGCUUAAUGAUUCAAAUGACAGCAAAGAUUCAAAGAUCGGUAAGGUUCGGAUAAGGCUCUCAACGUUGGAAACCGGUCGCAUUUACACACACAAUUAUCCAUUAUUGUCGCUGCAAAAUUCCGGUCUCAAGAAGAUGGGCGAGGUUCAUUUAGCCAUCCGUUUCUCAUGUACCUCAAUGACCAACAUGAUUAAUUUGUAUUUCAAACCUCAUUUGCCGAAGAUGCACUAUACAAAACCGCUCAACAUAUUCGAACAAGAAAAGUUGAAAUACCAAGCUAUGAUUAUUGUUGCAGCUAGACUUGGUAGGACAGAACCACCUCUUAGAAAAGAAGUGGUUGAGUACAUGUCUGAUUCAGACUCUCAUCUAUGGAGCAUGAGAAAAAGCAAGGCAAAUAUAACCCGUCUGAAGUCAGUUUUUUCGGGACUAAUAUCAGUUGGAAGUUGGUUAAUGGAAAUUUCAACAUGGCAGAAUUCUAUCACAACAGUAUUAGUCCACAUUCUUUACAUGAUGCUUGUUUGUUUCCCACGACUCAUUCUACCAACCAUGUUCCUCUACAUGUUCAUAAUAGGUAUGUGGAAGUGGAGGUUUCGCCCGAGAUACCCUCCUCACAUGGACACUAGACUUUCUUGUGCUGACCAGACAAAUCCAGAUGAGUUCGACGAAGAGUUUGAUCCAUUUCCAACCAAAAAAAGCCAGGAUAUAGUUCGUUGGAGGUACGAUCGAUUAAGGAGUUUGGCGGGGAGGGUUCAAAGUGUUGUCGGAGACAUAGCAACACAAGGUGAGAGGCUACAUGCACUACUAAACUGGAGGGACCCUCGUGCAACAACUAUAUUCAUGUUGUUUUCUUUGGUGGCUGCAUUAGUUUUGUAUGUGGUACCUUCUCAGUUGGUUUUUCUUUUAGUUGGAUUUUACUUAAUGAGGCACCCUAAGUUAAGGGGUAAGUUACCACCUGCACCACUUAAUUUCUUCAGAAGGUUACCUGCUCUUACUGAUAGUAUGUUGUAACUAAAUUGAACCUUUUGUUUGUACAAAAUCAAUGGCUUUGUUUGAUGUCACUUGAACCAUUUGGAUAUAAAAAUGUAUACAUUGUGUGGAAAAUUGCAAUGUAACAUUUUUACUGUUAUAUUUUGAUUUUGAUUGUAAACUUGGCUUGUAGUGGAAGAAAA